UCUUAUUUAUAGCUCUGAUUAUCACCAUCCUUCCACACGACUUAUGUACUAGUACUGAUCGAUCAACAACACUAGUACUAUGAAGCCACAAGAUUUUCGUGUCUCCUUCAUCUUUGUUCUUCUUCUUUGCACUUCUCUAACAUCUUCUCGUCUCCUAACACCAAAACGAGGUGAAAAGGGGUUGAAGGUUGAAGGGAUUAGUACUAAUGCUGCUGGGUCAUUAAUAGAUUUGGAAGAUAUUUCCAACCUGAUGGGAUUAGAGGAGUGCGAUGACAAAGAUGAUGAAUGUUUGCAUAGAAGGAUGAUUGCAGAGGCUCACUUGGAUUAUAUUUACACCCAGCACCGUAAGCCGUAAUUACAACCCAUGCAUUAAUUAAGUUAUACAGUACGCACUUGAUCAUGAUGAUGAUCAGCUCCUCCAAAUUAAAGAAGUUUUAAUUUAGAUAAGAAAUCCCCAUAUAUGUAACUAUUUACAUCCAAGUACUUGGUUUGUAUUUGAUUGUGUGCUUCUAAACGUUUAUAUUAUAUAAUAUGCUUUUAUGAUUAGCAGGUAAUUAAUUAGACUUAUAUUAAUAAAUAAACUUAUGUUUGCCAUUAA